AUGCGCGCCUCCGAGGCGUGACACCGGCUUGCGCGUUCACGUCUCUUCGCUCGCAGCGGCUAUCGCGGACAGGACAGGAGACAUCACACGCACGUUCCUCCAUAAGGUGUCCACGCAGGUUGUAAAAAGACUCGUCGGGAGGCUCCGGAAGUGUCCAGCAGGAUUGUCCGCGUCGGUUUGUCCGGUGCUUGAUCCAGCAGCAAGCGAGGAGGAGAGGACCAGCCAGGCGGGGGGGGCCAUGGAGGGGAUGCAGGCGUACGGAGCCGGGAAAGCCGGAGGAGCCUUCGACCCCGUCACCUUCUUCCAGCAGCCUCAGACCAUACUCCGCAUUGUGUCGUGGCUCUUCUCCAUCGUCGUCUUCGGUUGCAUCGCCAACGAGGGCUACAUCAACCGGCCCAACGAGGUGGCAGAGUACUGCAUCUUCAACCGCAACCAAAACGCCUGCAACUAUGGCGUCUUCAUGGGCUCCAUGGCCUUCCUGUGCUGCAUGGCCUUCCUGGCGCUGGACAUCUACUUCCCACAGAUCAGCAGCGUCAAAGACCGCAAGAAGGCGGUGCUGGCUGACAUCGGCGUUUCAGCAUUCUGGUCCUUCAUGUGGUUUGUGGGCUUCUGCUUCUUAGCCAAUCAGUGGCAGGUGACCAACCAUGACGAUGACCCGCUGAGGGAGGGCGGUGAUGCCGCGCGGGCUGCCAUCACCUUCUCCUUCUUCUCCAUAUUCACUUGGGCAGGACAGUCCUUCCUGGGCUUCCAGAAGUACAAGCUGGGGGCCGACUCGGCCCUCUUCUCCCAGGACUACACGGACCCCAGCCAGGACGCGGCCGGGGGCGGACCCUACACCUCCUUCGGCGGUGACGACCUGGAGAGCCCGGGCGGAAGAGGAGGGGGGCAAGCCAACAGCGACGGCGUGUUUGACGGCACCACGGGAUACCAGCGCCAGGACUACUGAAGGGGGCGAAGAAAUCCUGUCCUUGAUUAGUCCAUGAAGACGGGUCAGUUGGGACGGGAGAGGUGGAGACAUCAGGGAUGCUUUACAGAGGAAGUCACCCUGUGGCAGGACGGUACUGGUGACCACAUUGCCUUCACACACACACACGCACACACACACACACACACACACACACACACUUGCUAUUUGUCAGCCUCGUGACCGUCAUCAGUGUUCUAACACCAUAUUUUGGUUUUAAUAGUAACACAAAAUGCUCCCCACUGACUUUGUUGUGCAUGUUUGGGUGCGUUCACAUAGCAAAGUGAACUAAGUCAGUCCUCUUGAAGUGGACCAAAAGUUGAUUUAACAGUACAAUUCAUUGUGUGCUCACACUGUGAGUUCAUUUGGGACAGGAUCCACCCCAGGUCUGAUGGGGGCCUCAAAGUCAAAACAAGGCACAAAAUGAAUCUGGACCACUUUGUGUGUUCACAAUGCGCAAGUUAAGCAAGCUGAUCUGAAGACGUGAAGGGUGUUUUGCCGCUUCGGUCGCCUGAAGUGGUUCAAGUCUCCGAGGCUGUUCUCUUCGUCUCAACAGCGUGGACGAACACUGAACCGGAUUCACUUUGUUUAACUUGUAAAUUGUAAGAACUGGAUCCUCUUUCACAUCAGUUUGCCAUGUGAACACAAAGUCAUCCAGAUGUGUUGGCAUUGUGUUGACUUUGAGAGCCCAUCAGACCAGAAUCGGGCAAGGAAAAGAUCCUGGAUCCUCUCUCAAAUGUGAACACAAAAGAACCACAGUAAAUCCCUUUUCUGUUGUUUCUGUUCUUUUUCAUUCCAGAUUGCAUGGAUUUCAUUCAAUUCUUGUUUAUAUAAGCGUAGAAACUGCUAACCAAUUUGUUUGGAGAGCACCCAAACUGUGACUUUAGUUUUUUUUCCACUUGACACCAACAAACUUUCCACAUGAAACAUCAACCGCCUGUGUAUGAAACUGCAUUGCUGCAUUUGAAUAAAAAAGUGUAAAUAGAUGAAUAAACAAUGCUUUAUGUUAGUGUUUCAAAGAUUUAUUUUAGGACAUUCCGCUAUGAAAAACACAAGAAAGAAGCUUGAGUGUUUUUGGUGAUCUCCAGUGAGCCUCAUGUCCUUUAUGUUGCGAGAGGAGAUGUUUUUAUUUUGGGAUAAUAAUAACAACAAUAUUAUAGUAUGCAGAAAGAAAUACAACAAAAAUAAAUGUGAGCAAACUAUGGAAGUAUAUAAUAUAUAUGUACUUUAUACUGUGCUAGCGUGUAGAUGUAGUCGUGUGUGAUGUUGCCUGUCAACAUAUGUUUCACACAAGAAAAGGUGCAAUGUAAAGGUGCGUUUAAAUGUACGUUUUUGAUGUGUUUGAUUUUAACCAUUGGAAAUAAAGAGACAUUCAACUGGCGUGGCCUGUUUGUUUAUGU